AUGGUACGAGACUUAGUGACAUUGCCUUCAUCACUGCCCUUGAUUACUGCUGGUUUUGCUACUGAUCAGGUUCAUUUGCUUAUUGGUACAGGGUCCACGGACUCAGUAAGCGUUUGUAAGAAUAGAAUCCACUCCAUUUUGAAUGCUGGUGGUAAUCCCAUAGUAGUGAAUCCCUCGUCACCAAGCCAUACUAAACAAUUACAAUUGGAAUUUGGUAAGUUUGCAAAGUUCGAAAUAGUAGAAAGGGAGUUUAGGUUAUCUGAUUUAACUACUUUGGGGAGAGUUCUGGUAUGCAAGGUAGUGGAUAGAGUAUUCGUAGAUCUACCCAUAACACAAAGUCGCCUAUGCGAGGAGAUCUUUUGGCAAUGCCAAAAACUGAGAAUUCCCAUAAAUACAUUCCACAAACCAGAGUUUUCUACCUUCAAUAUGAUUCCUACGUGGGUCGACCCAAAAGGAAGUGGUUUACAAAUCUCAGUUACUACGAAUGGGAAUGGAUACAUCUUGGCAAACAGGAUAAAAAGAGAUAUAAUAUCACACUUACCUCCAAACAUAUCUGAGGUGGUGAUAAACAUGGGGUAUUUGAAAGACCGUAUUAUAAACGAAGACCAUAAGGCCUUGUUAGAGGAAAAGUACUACCAGACUGACAUGUCAUUACCUGGAUUUGGCUACGGCUUAGAUGAGGACGGUUGGGAGAGCCAUAAGUUUAAUAAGCUAAUUCGUGAAUUUGAAAUGACCAGUAGAGAACAGAGACUUAAGAGAACCAGAUGGUUAUCUCAGAUAAUGGAGUAUUACCCGAUGAACAAGCUGAGUGACAUCAAGUUGGAAGAUUUCGAGACUUCAUCUUCUCCAAAUAAAAAGACAAAGCAGGAAACUGUCACAGAGGGUGUAGUACCUCCUACCGAUGAAAAUAUUGAAAACGGUACAAAACAACUACAAUUAUCGGAAGUGAAAAAAGAGGAGGGACCUAAAAAACUAGGGAAGAUUUCUUUAGUCGGAAGUGGUCCAGGCUCGGUAUCUAUGCUAACGAUAGGUGCAUUACAAGAAAUAAAGUCUGCAGAUAUAAUACUGGCAGAUAAACUGGUACCGCAAGCCAUUUUAGAUUUAAUACCUCCAAAAACUGAAACCUUCAUAGCCAAAAAAUUUCCCGGUAAUGCAGAACGAGCACAACAGGAAUUACUAGCUAAAGGUUUAGAAUCGUUGGAUAAUGGAUUGAAAGUAGUCCGUUUGAAGCAAGGUGAUCCGUAUAUUUUUGGCCGUGGUGGCGAGGAAUUUAAUUUCUUCAAAGAUCACGGAUAUAUUCCUGUGGUUUUACCGGGCAUAAGCUCAUCCCUAGCUUGUACUGUAUUGGCUCAGAUACCCGCUACUCAACGUGAUAUAGCAGACCAAGUGCUCAUAUGUACUGGGACUGGGAGAAAGGGCGCUCUGCCUAUAAUUCCUGAAUUUGUUGAAAGCAGAACCACCGUCUUUCUAAUGGCACUGCAUCGCGCCAACGUUCUGAUCACGGGAUUAUUGAAGCAUGGCUGGGAUGGUGAUGUCCCCGCUGCAAUUGUCGAGAGAGGAUCGUGCCCUGACCAGCGUGUUACUAGAACUCUUCUUAAAUGGGUACCAGAAGUCGUGGAGGAGAUUGGUUCAAGGCCCCCCGGUGUCUUGGUUGUAGGCAAGGCUGUGAAUGCAUUGGUUGAAAAAGAUCUGAUAAAUUUUGACGAAUCAAGAAAAUUUGUCAUUGAUGAAGGUUUUAGAGAAUUUGAGGUUGAUGUAGAUAGUCUAUUUAAGUUAUACUAA